AUGGCCGUGGGACUAGACCUUGACAUUAGUAAUGACGACUCGAUCAAGCAAACGGCAAGUAUCAUAGCGUAUGGCAUGAUGACAUACUACAAGGGCAAUAAGACAGGCGGUGUUCCCGGCUUACUGCCUGAGCCAUACUUCUGGUGGGAAGCAGGUGCUAUGUUCGGUGCGAUGAUUGAUUACUGGCACUAUACUGGCGAUGGAACCUAUAACGAUCUGGUAAUAGACGCUAUGCUUUUUCAAGCCGGUGAAAAUGCAGAUUACAUGCUAGUAGCUGUCUGGGACAAGGCCACUUGCGGCGGCGGUCUUAAAUGGCAAAAGUUCACCUUUAACAAUGGCUACAACUAUAAGAACACUAUCUUAAAUGGAUUGUUUUUCAAUCUCGCUGCAAGACUUGCCGCAUAUACAUAG